GAUACUGAAUCAGCAAAGAAAUUGCCACGUUCAAAAAAUCUCAAAUUGUUGGCUGUAUUGGAUAAAGUUGAAAAUCUUCCGGCCAUGAUAACUUUUGUUCAACUUUUACAACAUAACAAUGCUCCUACCAAAUCCGAUAAUGAUACCGAUUCAGACACCACUAAAAGUAGUAACCCUAUGAAUGUUCAUGUAUUACGUUUUGUUGAGCUUACGCAGCGUAUGUCAGCGGUGAUGAAAUUUAAUGAAAUUUCGGAAACUAUUUUACAUGACCCGAUCAUGAAUAUGUUUACUGCACUUAGUCAAAUUAGUCCUGUAAAGGUCGAUGCUAAAUUAUCGGUUGCUUCUCCAAAAGAUUUUUGUCAAGAAAUUAUUGAAAAAAUACAAGAUGCAGACAUUGAUUUAGUAAUAAUUCCAUGGAGUGGUGCUGGUGAGAUAGUAGAUACGCCAAUUGAAAAUAAAGAUCAUGCACCACGUGAGAAGAAAAGCACAAGUCCACAAGUUGCAGGUUUUAUUCAAGAUGUUUUUAAUGAUGCCACUGUUUAUGCAAGCGUUGGCGUGUUUGUGGACCGUGGUUUUGGUAGCACUGACAACACACAUACACUUCCUAAUCCUACGGGUUAUCUUCAUGUUUUUGUACCCUUCUUUGGUGGUGCUGAUGACCGUGAGGCACUUAAUUUCGUUUUUAGAUUACUUGAAUAUCCAAAUGUCAGUGUAAAUGUAGUGAGAAUAAUAAAAUCAGAAAAACCUACUGAUAACGAU